AUGUUUUUAAAUUUGUAUCGCUACAUAGUAAAUAUUUUUGUCCUGGAUGUUUUUAACAAGGAUUUUUCAUCUGCUGACAAUAAGCUCAAAAAAAUAAUGAAUAAUCACAAAUCGCAUCAGCCAAUUGAUAUGCCAAAUAGGGUUCAUAUACUUACCAACAUGUUCAACAAAUGUUUAAACGUAUGUGCACCUCUGGUCACGAAAGAGGUGAAGAGACCUUUUGCCCCUUGGCUAACUGAUACAUCCGCGCGUUAUAUGAAGCGAAAAAACAUCGCUCAGAGACUAGAAGAGUGCCAGGGUGCAAUAGUGCGGCCACGUGGACAGACCCUUAAUAUCUUCCUGACACAGGAAGAAAUGCUAGAAAAAAUAUGCCAUAACUUUCUGUUGCAUUUGCACAACACGAAUGACCUGAAGUGGGAUUUGGAAGAGGGUUAUGUCGGGUCACGCGAGCGGCGGGUCACGCAGUUCGGGUUUCAUAUCAACACCUAUUGUGGAUACAUGUCGCUUCUGAACGACUGGUGCGACGACUGGGAGGUGUUCUACGCGAGGCAACUUGACAACCAGUUCCGGAAAAUCACGAGAGUGUUUGGGAAUCGGGAAGCCAAUGAACUGUGGUCAGAACUGCAACUCAAAAUUCCUUCCUUUUUCGCCAACGUGCACGUCAAACCUUCCCUGCUCCACGGCGACCUCUACUAUGGCAACACUGCGGAGACCAUCGACGGGCCAGUGAUGUUCGACCCCGGUUCCUUGUACGGACACCAUGAGUUCGACUGUGUGAUCUCCACGACUUGUGGGUCCUUCAGCAGUGAAGUCUGGAAAGAAUACUACGAGCGGGUACCAAGGGCCCCAGGCUGGCACCCCAGGCAGAAGCUGUACAAGCUCUUCCACCUCGCCAACCAGUGGAAUCACUUCGGAAGCGAGAGGGCCAGCGUGUGCCUGCGAGAACUGAGGGAGCUGUGCCACUUGGGGGAAUCGCGGUCAGAGCCAGUGCCAGCGGGUAUUGUUCAGCCAGUGCCACCUCCGCCGUCGUCAUAAAACCUCCCUUUCAAUAGAGUCCCCUCCAUUACCAUUGCUAAGUGUGUUUGUGCGAAGACCCCGGGUUUCAUUGAGUCUCCCGCUCGUAUUGUUAAGAUUGGAAGCUCCUUCUCGGUAUCGCGGGAGACAGACACACGGGAGAGGCACCUGUUCUCGACGAGGAAUCGGGUUCUGGUUAAUUAUAAUGAUUAUAGAUGAUGGUGAAAAAGGUGUUAUUGAUGCUGAGGAAAUGUCAAGAUGUUUGUUCAUUUGAUGGUGAUGAUAGGAAAAUGUACUUGGGAAAUGUUAAAGCAGUUAUUAGUUUUAUAAUACUGAUGGUAAAGGAGUACUGAGGAAAUGUCAAAACGUUUCUUAUUUGGUAAUAAUAGAAAAAAUUGUACUUA